AUGUCACUGCCCCCAUCUUCGCAUUUCCCAGGCCUGAACUCGCAUCCAGUCAUCACCACGGAGCAGGAUGCACCCUCGCCAGCCUCAGGCACCAUCGCAGGGCCACUCACACUCGCAGAAGCCUGCCAGCGCUACUCAGAGAUGGCCAACGCCGACCCUCUGACUGUUCAUGACUCACGACCCAUCUCCAGUGUGCGCGACGACCCACUGCCUGCCCAUCUCGACAUCGCACACCAAUACGCUGUCCUUGGCUUGUUUGAGCUUCACGAGCGCGCGCGCGUCUUCCCACCUCCUGGUCCUCAUGUCGCUGCACUCCGUGACGGCGCUCUUACUACUGCGGGCUCCACUGCUGCUACUCGAGACGCCAUUGACUACACAUCCCACAACAGCACUGAUGAUGCGGCGGCUCCAGAGCACACCGUCACCGACACCUCUGCCACAUCGCCUUCUCCUACAACCCCUCCUUUGCCAGCAGGCUAUUCUGCAGACAGGUACAAAUGGAUGAGCGCCUACAACUUUGGUCCAUGUCCAAGUGAGCGCAAGCUAGGAUCUCAAGCUUCAAAGAAGGUCGCAACAUGGCCAAACUGGCCAUCCACCAAGCAAGUUGAUGAUGCCUUGAAGUGCAACUCUCCCGAAGUGGUUGAAGCCGCUGUUCUCUUGCAGAAGUACUCCCGCCAGGCCUUUGUGGAAGAAGAGCACGAGACCGAGAAGAAACGUCGUCUACAAGCAGCUUGGCAGCUCUUGACAAGUGACGGAGAGCAAACAGGUACGCAGACUCACAAGCGUCCUCUUGACUCUUCUGAAGCUGACCCUCCUGCAAAGAUGAUGACUCGAGUCUAUGAUGAGGCCUGCUUGCCAGAGCCCAUCUUGCCCCUCCCCAUCCUUCCAGACAUUGGGCCCAGCAAGUCUCGUGCAGUCACAACUUAUUCCACCACGGCUACUGCACGACCUGUGGCCUCGACUCCUUACUCCAAGGCUGCUCAUCCACGACCUUCGGCUUCUUACUCCAGGGCUGCCGCUACUCGACCUGUGGCUUCGGCUGUCUCCUCUACAGUUGUCACUACACGACCUGCACCUUCGGCUCCCUCUUCCACGCCCCCUCGCAAGCGUCAACGACAAGGUCCACGUCAACCUGCAGCAAGUCGUUUGAGCAAGCCUCCACUACAACAAGGCGCCGUGCUACCAGAGAAUUUGGUUGUUGGCAACGCCUGGCAAACGACACCCCAGGGCCUCGGCAUGCCACCACGCGAGCGCUUCUGCAACGGCACAGCCUUUGACAUGCUCACAGGUCCCGACACUACCACCGGUGUUUGCAGCCUUCACAACAUUCUGCACAUCCAGAGCGAGCCUGAUUUUGGCUUGUUGACGCGCGAUGAAGUCAUUCUCUGCAUGUACAUGCGUGUGCGACCACAAGUCUACUUCGAGGUGCGACGUUUGCUGUUCAUUGCAUUCCACAAGGUUUGCGACUUUGAUGCUGCUGGCAAGACCAUCAACAAGACCAUGUGGACCAAGAGCAAAGCACAGCAAGUCAAGAUUAUUGAUGUCAACAAGUUGAGCUUCUUGCACAAGUUCUAUGGCUCUCUUGGUCUCUGGGAUCAGACCUGGGAGUAA